AUGCAAAGCCGGAAACACGGCAAGGCAGCCUCACUUGAUGACUUCAUCCCUAGAGGUAGCAACUGGCAGCAGCAGUUGACGAAGCCCAACGCUCCUGCUGCCGGUGCCGUCCAAGAUCGUCGGCGAGAGCAGGUUGAGCAGCUCGUAUUCAUCCUUCAACCUCUGUUCACCCCAAAAUGUGACCGUACAUCAGGCUCAGCCCAUCGCAAGUCUGAUACCACCCUUUACAGCCCAACCAUCAACACCAAGUCCCCGGCAAGCGCCAAGAUGCGAGCGACACUGGUGGUCGUUCUCUGCCACCUCUCUCUGGCCUUUGCACUGGCCAUCUCGCCAGCGGCCUCGCACUGGAAGAGGAGUGCAAGACUUGCUAGUGACCAGGUUAUCCACAUCAACCUGGCACUUGCUGUCGAUCAAGACAUCUCUGGCACUGCCCAGGCCCUCGAGAGUAUCUCGGACCCUGACUCGCCCAGCUUUGGACAACACUGGACUCCAAACAAGAUCGCUCAGUUCUCUACCCCACCCAGGGAAAACAUCCGCCAAGUGGGGAGAUGGCUCAACAGCUCUGGAGUUCCGCAGUCGGCCAUGCUGGCCAGGUACAUCGACUAUGUCCUGCCCGCUCCGGACCCGGACCCGGUCUCGUCGGCGCCCAAGUCUGUUGCAGUGCAGGACCCGCCGACGCUCAAGGGCGUAAUAGGCGCACGUCAGACGCGCGACGUCGACUGCCUGCAAUAUAUUGCGCCGCAGUGUCUCCGGCAGCUCGCGUGGCUGGCCGAAGACCUUGACAUGUUCUUCGGCGACUUCGCCCCGGACCUGUUGACCAACUUCAACCUCGAGCCCAACCUGGACUACAAGUACACCAUGGCCAUGGCCAAGCCGAUCCCCGUGACCAAUAUCCAGGUGGGAGACUUUGUGGUGCAGGGCAACAUGAACAUCAUGCUGGCCGCCUUCAAUGCGCACUACUGCCGCACCGGCCUGGACCCGCAGUUCGAUCCCGUGUACCCGAACCCGGCGCCGGGGGGUUACAACGCAAGCGACUGCGGCACGCACGUCCCGCCGCGCGUCAUCGCCAUCAUGUACGCGUGGAACAAGGCCUGGUAUUCGGACGCGUACGCCCGCCGCCAGUGCCUCAAGUUCCUCAAGCUGGGCCUGCAGGGCGUCAUGGUGCUGACGGGCUCGGCUGGCCUACUCACGACGGCUAGUAGUGGCAUGCCGUCAUCGUCGUCGUCGUCGUCGUCGUCGUCGUCGUCGUCGUCGUCGUCGUCGUCGUCGUCGUUGUUCCCAGGUGAGACGGCGCUCGACGACAACAACACCGGGUCGUCCGGCGGCAGCUUCAGCCGCCUCUUCCCGGGGCCGUGGUACCAGGGCAACCUAACGCGCGAGUACCUGGCCUCCGCGCCGGGCGCCGCCGAGCUGGCGCGGCAGGGCUACUUCAACGGCUCGGGCAGGGGCUACCCGGACAUCUCGGCCAUGGCGCGGAGCUUUCUAGUCGCACUGCAUGGCGGGUACCACGCUGUGUCGGGCACGUCGGCGUCGACACCCGUCGUUGCCGCCAUGGUGGCCAAGAUCAACGAUGCGCGGCUGCACGCCGGCAAGAGCACUGUCGGGUUUCUCAACCCUGUGCUGUAUUCUGCCGCUGCUGGGAAGGCAGGCGUGCUGCGCGAUGUGCCACUGGGCAAGAAUCACGAUUGCGGAGUCGGCGAGGCGUUCCCCGCCAGGCGGGCGUGGGAUGCUGUGACUGGAUUAGGAACGCCGGACUUUGAGAAGCUGAAAGAGUUGUACCUCGGUUUGCCAUGA